UGGUUCACAUUGUUUAAAAGAAAAAAAAAAUUGUCUCUGGAUGUUUGGAAUUGGGCUGGACCGAUAAUAAAGAGUGGGUCGGCUUGUAGUAGAUGAUGAACCCCUUGGACACGUGAAGAAAAAACGCUUGGGGUCGACAAUCUUCGUGUGAUUUGGAAAGAACGACAACGCUUGGACUGAAGAGCAGAGGCCUUCGUCACGGUGAUUUCAACUUCUACUUCGUGCGAUCUGUAUGGAGGACAGGGACUGACGACGUUUCCUGAAAAAGCUACUCAUCGAAGGUGAUGGAGAACAGGUACUAAUGAUUUCGCCUGAAGAGAUCUGGUCGUCGGAGGUGAUGCUGCCGGAGCGGAGGAGGAUGAUCAGAGAUCGAACCAGAGAUAUGUCGACUCCCAACAUCUUCGACAUGUACCAGGCCGAGGAAGAAGAAGAAGUCCCCCAACUCUCACGGAGAUCGAGAAAGAGGGCUGGUGAAUCCAGUCGGGGCCCUUCGGCCAAAAAGAGUCGACCAGAAGACCCUCCUCAGGGCACACCAACUGGGCAAAAUCCUGCGCCAACUGGGCGAACUCCUACUCCUCCUCCUGCUCCUUCUGAACAGCAAAAUACUCCUGUUCGGCUCAAUCCUCCAGCUGCGCCUACUAGGGAGCAUCUUUCUCGUGAAGAGGCCCAUGGGGCUAGACUCGUGAGCCGUGCCAUCAGAUCUGCCAAGGAUCGUCUUGACUGCAUAGGCAAAGGCGAGCAUAUUGGGAUCGCCAUGAUCCAAGCUGAAGAGUUACCGGUCGACCAGAUCCUGAACAGGGCUCUGAACGAGAUCUCCAGCGCCUUGCUUUCUGCCACUACUGCUCGUACCCGAGCUCAGGUUCUUGUCGAGUAGGUCGAGGCAAAAGCUAUCGAGAAAUAUCAGGUGAAGGCAGCCGAGGAGCUUUCGGCUGCUGAGGCCAGGCAUGCUACGGAGUUGGAAGCAAUGGUCCGAGAGAGGGAUGCAGCGGUGACCAAACUGUCCGCGGCCGAAGCUGCAAAAGAUGCAGCGGUUAAGCUGAGGGAAGAGUACCGGUCGUACAACAAAACUCAUCUCCGCGAAAUCAAGCAUCUGGAGGGGGUAGUCAAGACUAAGGAUGAUACUAUUGCCACUCUUGAGGGCAAGGUGCAGCAGUUGGAGCUUGACAAAUCCAAGAAUCUGGAAAAGUACAAAAGGACCACACUCCGAUGUUUCUAUAACUUCUGGAAACACAAUCAGGGUGCUGACUUUAGCUACCUUUCAGAGGAAGUCAGAGCUGCGGAGUUGGCCCGGUGCGCUGCUCAACUGGCUGAAGAGGAGGCAAGAGCUGCGACUCCUGCAACCCCAAGCGUCGUUGGUUUGGAAGAAGAAACCAUCGAGGAAGUGACUGACCAGGAUGCUGCCCAAGACCCUCCUGCCCCCCAGGCCUCUUAACUUUUAUUAACUAUUUUUCUUUCUUUUUGAACAUGCGACCCACGGGUCGUAAUGUAAAGACACUAGUUUCUUUUUAAACUUUGCUGCACGGGCAGUAAAUAUUUUUUAUUUGAACAGUUACAUCCAAGCAGCAAUGCCUGCGGUGUAAAAGCUUAA